AUGGCCCAAGCCCAAAGCGCCGACCACCCGCCUCCCCCGCCGCUCAAGCGCCGCCGCGACGACACGCACCACCACCGCCCCGCCAAGCACAAGCGCCCGUCCGCCGCCCCCGUCCCGUCCGAAGACAAGAUGCAGAUCACCCUCGAGGCCGCCGCACCACCACUGCGAAUGCUACCGCAGCGGUGCCAUGUGUGCUCGCGCGCGCAGAGCAUCGGCUUUGGCACCAUCACGGUGUGUGGCGCGUGCGCGAGGGGCACGUGUUAUGUGUGCACGCGGAGGUGCGAUGGCUGUGCGGAGACGGUGUGUUCGGGGUGCUGUGAGGAGAGGGGCGUGCAGUGCUUUUGCGGGAGGUGUGUGGGUGCGGGGAGGUAA